CGAAUCCAGUCGUGACGACAUGGACGGUUCCGUCCGACCCAGUCACCGUUGGCCUCUCCUUCUGCCUUGAAUUCUGUCCAGGUCUCCUCUCACGUCGUGUAACCCUAGUGCCUCUUUCCUCCAAGGCAGCUCACCUUGGGGCUUCUUGAAAUUUGUCGCAGAGACUUGCAACCUGUCGGCUGUCAGUCGAUUUCUGGAAUUCAAGCCUCAAGCCAGUCUGAGGACCCUCCACUCCAUUCUGUCUAUUUACUGAAGCCCUCGCCGUUCUCCCGUAUUCCUUUGUGAAACGAACUAUGUCUUAGAAUUUCAUGUAAACGUCGGGUUGACCGUGCUCGAUACCGAGGGGUUGCCGGAAACAUCGAAUUUCCUCAACCAGCCGUCGCAUUUCCGUCGCAAGAGUUCGUCAGCGGCGCUAUGGGUAACUGCUUUUCGUCCGUCCACGACGACUACGUCCUCUCGGCGCGCAUGCGACGCCGCAAAACGCGGAUAAAGAGGGACGUCGGGACGGGGAUAUCACCCGGAAAGGGGAGGAAAGACGAGCAGUCGGAAAGCGACCCAUUUUCAGGCGGCAUGCCGUACAGCAGGGAGAGGGAGCGGCGCGCCAAGGCUUAUCUGGAGGCCGAAGAGCAGCGGGACCGCCAGCUGGCACGUCUGACCAAUCGGAGGACAUCGAAUGGAUUUUUGCCACGUGUGCGUGCCACGUCAGACCGUGGCCUUGCACACUGUGGAUGCAACAGCAGCAGCAGUGACAGCUGUAGUAGCAGCAGCAUCACUAGCAGCGGCAGCAUCAACACCAGCAGCAGCAGCAGCAGCAGCAGUGAUGGUGGUGGGAUCCAGUUGCACUGCAGCAUGCAUUCCCUGGGCGGGCAGAAGGGACUCAACCAAGACGCUAUGGUGGUCUGGCAGUCCUUCGCAGGCCCCUCAUCCGUCCUCUGCGCCGUGAUGGACGGCCACGGCCGCUUCGGCCACACAGUGUCGGCCCGAGUGCGGGAUUCGCUGCCGUCCGUGCUCGCACAGCGCCUUGACCUGCAGCUCCACCACCAUCCGGGCGUCGAUGGUGCGCGAGGCAGCACCUCAGCUCUGCACCACCAGCUCCACCACCCGAGCCUAGGGAGUGCAGACGCGUCCCAGAUCGCGGCAGUGGAAGGUGCAUGCGUCGCGCUCAAAGGGACGGAGGGUACUUCUCACUCCUACCCCACAUCACCAUGUGCAGCAGCAGCAGAUGACAAUGAUUUCGCACAGGCGGCGCCCACAGGGGCGGUGGCUCAGCAGCAGUGGCAGGAGGCGGUCUGCUGCGCGUUUGAGGCCGUUGAUCGCGAGGUGAAGCUGCAUCCGGCCGUUGAUCCUCUCAUCAGUGGCAGCACGGCUGUGGUGGCCAUGGUUCAACACUCCCACCUAUUCCUCGCCAACCUCGGCGAUUCCCGCGCCGUUCUCGCCAGACGGGCACAGCCAGAUACUCCAUGCCAUGCCACCUCAGCUGACUCCUCUGCUGACGUGGCUCCCUGUCAUGCUGCCACGCUGGCCAAGGCAGCUCAACCCACUGCAAUCAGUCCAAUCCGCGACGACCAAUCAAACGAGCCGGAACCACUGCCUGCCAGCUGUCGCGCUCUCGAAGCCGUUGCUCUGACCGCCGACCACAAGUGCUCCGAUCCGGCGGAGGCUGCCCGGAUCCGGAAACUGGGCGGUAGAGUGGCGGCACUAGAGGACGAAAAGCACAUCAUGCGGAUCUGGCUGCCCAAUGAGAUGGCGCCUGGCCUCGUCACGUCCCGGGCGGUGGGGGAUUUUCUGCUGAAAGGAUAUGGAGUGAUAAGCGAACCGGAUGUUACCGUGUUACGUGUCAAAGAUGGGGAUGAAUUCGUUAUCCUGGCAACAGACGGGGUCUGGGACGUCCUGUCUCAUGACGAGGCAGUCUCUAUCGUCGCCACGUCACCAUCCCCUGCCACGUCAGCAGAAUGCCUGGUGACGUCAGCGGAGCAGGCCUGGGCGGCUAAGUAUCCGAAGGCUCGGCGAGACGACUGCACUGCUGUGGUGCUGUUUUUCCGAAGCUCCCUGCCAAACCUGAUGCCGCCGGACCUGUCACGUCCAGGCUCGGGAGAAGCCGCGAGAAAGGUUGGGCAGUGCGUCGCAUUGGAAGCUGCAUCCGUUAGUGCGACCCGAGAAGAAAUCAGCGGGACACACUCUCUUAUGCGCCGCCAAGGUAGCACUUGUUCGGCAGUGCCUCAUGCACCAACAGCAUGCGAGCACGCAUCAUGCGAUGAGGAACAGGAGAGGCCGGCUUGUGAUCCAUUACAGGACGAGAGAUCAGCAUUGCCAGCAGUGUUGCCAGCAGCGUUGCCAGCAGCGUUGCCAGCAGUGCUGUCGGCCUGUGGCGCAUCCGACGCCAUGUGCCAGAGCAGCUGCAGAACCACCCCCAUGAAUUCCCCCCAACCCCAACCCGUGGUUUUUGACCGCCUCGAUCAAAGCCAAGGUGCCCAUAGCAGCAGCAGCAGCAGCCUCAGAAGGAGCAGGAGCAGUAUCACUGGCAGUAACAGCCGCAGUAACAGUAAGAGGAAGAGUUGCACAAGUGAAGACCUCAGUGAGCAAAGCACUGGGGUACUUGAGUUGCCUCUGGAGCCUGCCUGUGACUACAGUGAAGGUGCUGCUGCCACUGCCGCCACUGCUGCCGCCACCGCUGCAGCCACUGCUUCCACCACCGCUGCAGCCACUGCUGCCGCCACCACUGCAGCCACUGCCGCUGCCUCUGCUGCCGCCACCGCUGGUGUCUCUGCUGCAGGCACUGCGACAGUAGCGAUCACAGCCACAGAUUUGCCUGUCCUUGCAGCAGUGCCUGCAGUCAAAGCAACGACUGUCGGCACCAUUCGUAGCUGCGCCGCCAGCAGCCAUGCAAGCACGCAUACUAUGGGACCCUGUCGGGAGGCGGAGGCAGCAGCAGACGCAGCGACAGAGGCAGCUGUAGAGGCAGCUGCAGAGGCAGCGGCAGAGGGAGAGGCAAAGGUGGGGGCAAUGAUUGCAGAUGAGGGCUCCGCAGCCUCGGAGUCAGAUGCAGGUUUGGUUGCAGAGCAGUGCUUUUCCGAGCGUCACCGGGAUGUGGGGUUCAGAGAUGACGAUGAGGAAUCAAAUGUGGAUUCUGAGUUGGCUGAGCAGUGCUUUGCUAAGCGGCACGGGGAUGCGGUGUUUACAGAUGAAGGGCUGAGAUUCCACCGCAAUGACACGGUGGGUGAUCUGGCAGCGCUUGAUUGGCAGGAUGAGCAGGUUCUGGCUAAGAGGAUGCUGGAGAGGUGUGGGGUGAAGGAGGGGGGGCAGGGAGAGAAGAAGAGAGGAAGAUGAGGUGGAGGGGUAAGAAGGGAAGGCGAGGGAAGGGGGGAUGAAGCAUUGAUGUACAGUGGUAAAAGAGAGGUGAAUGGGAGGGGUGAGGACUGUAUGGGGUGAUUUGAGUUGAGAUGUGACAACGGACUUGCUACUUCUGAGUUGCUCAGGAAUAUUCUGACUGGCGGCCGUGGGUGCAUUGUCCGGGGGAGUUGCGGUAAGCAGCAUUGGAUGGACCACCACGUGUACAUGCGUGGCGAUGUAAGUUAUUGGAUGCUAAAGCUAGUGUAUAUUUCUCAACUUGUCACUAAGACAUGACUACAGUGCACUGUUCAUGUCUUCACAGGGCAGUAUGAUAUAAUUGUGACUGGAUUGUCUUGUCAGGCGUAAAACCUGCAGCACCGCAGUGUACCGCUGUAAC